AUGCCGUCGUUCUUCGUCCCAGGCCUCCAGGGCCUGCCUCCUACUCCUCACAUCCUCGGUGGUGCUGGAAUGGAAAAUGAACCUCCUUUCUACGUGGUCGGACAGUCUGCGUUCCCUCCCCGUUACUCUCAGAACGGUUGUGAGUUCAUCGAACAGUACUCUCAGUCAACCGGUUAUGCGAAAACCGGCCCGAUGAACCUGCACGCGCAGUCUGCCCACCCCAGAGAUCUGGCCUCCGCCACUGCCGCUGCCCAUCCUGCGCUGGCUCCCCAGUUCUCCCAGCCCAUGUUUGGUCCGAUGGCCACCACCAACGUGCUGCCCCCCAUCCAGAACAACGUUCAGCUCCCGCCGAUGGAGAACGCGAUAUCGCAGCCGUACGGCCGACAAGACAUGAUGAUGCCCUCGGACCGACAGCGAAAGGAGGAAAAGCCCACCGGAGGUGUCGCCGCCCAUUUGGACUACGAGAUGGACCAGAUGUCCGACUUUGUGGCUGAGAUGGCUCAGGGAAUGUAUGAUUUGUACAUCACCAAGAUCAACCUAUCUGAUAUUGACUUCGCUCGAAGCGUCUGCCCAGGAACGUCAGUCCCGCCUCAAUUUCGGAAAUACGUCUAUCAGAUCUUGUCCUCCACCCGUCUUCCCAGCUCCACCAUCCUCCUAGGCCUUUACUAUUUGGCCUGCAGGAUGCGCAUGCUUUCUGCUAAGAAGGUCUAUGCGGCCGGCAGUGGCCAAGUAUAUCGCAUGCUUACUGUUGCGCUCUUGCUGGGAAGCAAGUUCUUGGAUGACAACACCUUCCAGAACAAAUCGUGGGCCGAGGUGAGCAACAUCCCCGUGGCGGAGCUGAACUCUUUGGAACUCGACUGGCUCUUCGCGUUCGAGUGGAAAAUUCAUGACCGGAUCCACGACAAGCAAGAUGGAUUCAACUCGUGGCUUUUGCAUUGGAAGACAUGGCGUGCCAAGGCAGCCGUUCGCGCUCAGGAAUCGCGUACCGUUCUGGCACCAAUUGACACCAACAUCACUCGCGGCCCCAUGAUCAGCCACAGCAGCAGCCGGAGCAGCAACAGCAACAAGCAGCCUCUUAUGUCUCCCGAAGGUCCGAUUCCCCCGCAGUACCAGCGCUGCUCGCCUCUUGAGAACUCAUGGCUCAACCCGACGGCAUCGGAGUAUUCGCCGCCAUCUGCUCCUCAGAGUGGCCCUACUACGCCCGAUUACUACUCCGUCAACCCCUGGGCAUACACGAAUGCUCCGUACUCGCGCUCGUGGAUGCCUCCCCAACAAUCAUAUCUGCCAUCGACAUCGCGAUCGCAAGUCCCGUCCUAUCACCACACGCCUUCCUACGCUUUGCCGUUCGCUCAGAGCGUAUGGACAGGACACGGUUCGUCCUGCGGUUGCAUGUACUGUGCCAAACAAAUGGAUCACUACAUGUUCUCCAACGCGUUUGGCGCAAUGCAGCCGAUCAUGGCUUAA